AUGUGGCUCCUGGCGCUGUGGCUGGUGGGGCUGGUGGGGGCUCAGCGCGGGGGAGGGGGUCCCGGAGGCGGCGCCCCAGGCGCCCCUGGCCUGGGCCUCAGCAGCCUUGGGGAGGAGCGCUUCCCGGUGGUGAACACGGCCUACGGGCGAGUGCGCGGCGUGCGACGUGAGCUCAACAACGAGAUCCUGGGCCCGGUGGUGCAGUUCCUGGGCGUGCCCUACGCCACGCCACCCCUGGGCGCCCGCCGCUUCCAGCCGCCCGAGGCCCCCGCCUCGUGGCCCGGCGUCCGCAACGCCACGGCCCUGCCGCCCGCCUGCCCGCAGAACCUGCACGGCGCGCUGCCCGCCAUCAUGCUGCCCGUGUGGUUCACCGACAACCUGGAGGCAGCCGCCACCUACGUGCAGAACCAGAGCGAGGACUGCCUGUACCUCAACCUCUACGUGCCCACCGAGGACGGUCCGCUCACAAAAAAACGUGACGAGGCGACGCUCAAUCCGCCAGACACAGAUAUCCGGGACUCGGGGAAGAAGCCUGUGAUGCUGUUUCUGCACAGUGGCUCCUACAUGGAGGGCACCGGGAACAUGUUCGACGGCUCUGUCCUGGCCGCCUAUGGCAACGUCAUCGUAGCCACGCUCAACUACCGGCUUGGGGUGCUCGGCUUCCUCAGCACCGGGGACCAGGCCGCGAAAGGCAACUACGGGCUCCUGGACCAGAUCCAGGCCCUGCGCUGGCUCAGCGAGAACAUCGCCCACUUCGGGGGGGACCCCGAGCGCAUCACCAUCUUCGGGUCCGGGGCGGGCGCAUCCUGCGUCAACCUCCUGAUCCUCUCCCACCAUUCGGAAGGGUUGUUCCAGAAGGCCAUCGCCCAGAGCGGCACGGCCAUCUCCAGCUGGUCUGUCAACUACCAGCCGCUCAAGUACACGCGGCUGCUGGCGGCCAAGGUGGGCUGCGACCGCGAGGACAGCGCCGAGGCGGUGGAGUGUCUGCGCCGGAAGCCGUCCCGGGAGCUGGUGGACCAGGACGUGCAGCCCGCCCGCUACCACAUCGCCUUCGGGCCCGUGGUGGACGGCGACGUGGUCCCUGACGACCCUGAGAUCCUCAUGCAGCAGGGGGAGUUCCUGAACUACGACAUGCUCAUCGGCGUCAACCAAGGCGAGGGCCUCAAGUUCGUGGAGGACUCGGCCGAGAGCGAGGACGGCGUGUCCGCCAGCGCCUUCGACUUCACCGUCUCCAACUUCGUGGACAACCUGUAUGGCUACCCCGAGGGCAAGGACGUGCUGCGGGAGACCAUCAAGUUUAUGUACACGGACUGGGCCGACCGGGACAACGGUGAGAUGCGGCGCAAGACCCUGCUGGCCCUCUUUACCGAUCACCAGUGGGUGGCGCCGGCCGUGGCCACCGCCAAGCUGCAUGCCGACUACCAGUCCCCCGUCUACUUUUACACCUUCUACCACCACUGCCAGGCCGAGGGCCGGCCCGAGUGGGCGGACGCCGCGCACGGGGACGAGCUCCCCUACGUCUUCGGUGUGCCCAUGGUGGGCGCCACCGACCUCUUCCCCUGCAAUUUCUCUAAGAACGAUGUCAUGCUCAGCGCCGUGGUCAUGACCUACUGGACCAACUUCGCCAAGACUGGCGACCCCAACCAGCCGGUGCCGCAGGACACCAAGUUCAUCCACACCAAGCCCAACCGCUUCGAGGAGGUGGUGUGGAGCAAGUUCAACAGCAAGGAGAAGCAGUACCUGCACAUCGGCCUGAAGCCGCGGGUGCGUGACAACUACCGUGCCAACAAGGUGGCCUUCUGGCUGGAGCUGGUGCCCCACCUGCACAACCUGCACAUGGAGAUCACCACCACCACCACGCGCCUGCCGCCCUACGCCACGCGCUGGCCGCCCCGCCCGCCGCCCGGCGCCCCGGGCACGCGCCGGCCCCCGUCGCCGGCCACGCCGCCGCCCGAGCCCGAGCUGGAGCCGGGCCCCCGGGCCUACGACCGCCUGCCCGGGGACUCCCGGGACUACUCCACGGAGCUGAGCGUCACCGUGGCCGUGGGCGCCUCGCUGCUCUUCCUCAACAUCCUGGCCUUCGCCGCCCUGUACUACAAGCGGGACCGGAGGCAGGAGCUGCGGUGCCGGCGGCUCAGCCCCCCCGGGGGGUCGGGCUCCGGGGUGCCCGGUGGGGGCCCCCUGCUCCCCACCACGGGCCGGGAGCUGCCCCCGGAAGAGGAGCUGGUGUCGCUGCAGCUGAAACGGGGCGGCGGCGUCGGGGCAGACCCUGCCGAGGCCCUCCGCCCCGCCUGCCCGCCCGACUACACCCUGGCCCUGCGCCGGGCGCCAGACGAUGUGCCUCUCCUGGCCCCCGGGGCGCUGACCCUGCUGCCCAGUGGCCUGGGACCGCCGCCGCCCCCGCCGCCGCCCGCCAUGCACCCGUUCGGGCCCUUCCCCCCGCCGCCCCCCGCCGCCGCCGGCCACAACAACACGCUGCCCCAUCCCCACUCCACCACCCGCGUAUAG